AUGGUUAAAAAUAAUCGUUUCAUUUACCUCAUCUCAGGUUUCUGCACCGCUCGUGCCCUAGCCGGCGGUGUCAAGCACUCUAGGUCUUCGCUGCAUUCUGAAGGUUAUGACUAUGUCAUUGUCGGUGGUGGGACAAGCGGACUGGUGCUCGCCAACCGCCUCAGCGCCGAUCCGACCAAGACGGUUCUGGUCAUCGAGUACGGAGACUUUGAACGCAGCGAUGAGACAAGCAUCCCGCUGCUCACGACAGGCGACCAGAGCUCGCGUCUAUACCAAAACAUGACCUCGACACCGCAGAAAGAACUUGCGGGGCGUACCUUCAACGCCCGCAUAGGAAACGCCGUGGGCGGCAGCUCGACUGUCAACGGCAUGGCUUGGGACUGCGGAUCUGCAGCGGAUUAUGAUGCAUGGGAGGCCUUGGGAAACCCUGGUUGGGGCUGGGACGGGCUGAGGCCAUACCUGCGGAAGGCCGCCGUCUUCACGCCACCUGGCAAGGACUUUGUGAAGCGGUACAACUACACUUGGACGCCCGAGGCCUACGCAGAUGACGGCAUGGUCAACGUGACACUCCCGCCGUGGCAGUGGCCGGCCGCCGCGAUGCAGGCCGCUGCAUGGACCGAUGACCUGCGAGAACCCAUGCGGCGCGAUGGUGCGGGCGGCAACAACGUCGGUAUCUCAUGGCUGCCGCAGAACAGCGACGUGGUCAAGGGCACGCGGUCGACGUCGACAACCGCCUACUACGACCCAGUCAGUGCGCGUGACAACCUCGACCUGCUGGUGCGACACUACGGUGGUAGGAUCCUUUUUGACAGUGAGCAAGCCGUCACCGGCGUCGCCAUCCACAGCAGAGACGAAGAUCACUCGCUGGUUGACAGGCCCGUUGUGGUUCAGGCCAAAGAAGUCAUACUCGCAGCGGGUGCCAUAAACACCCCUCGGAUCCUGCAGCUCAGUGGUAUUGGCCAUGCCUCCCAUCUUGAAUCCAUUGGUAUCCAUGUCGUCGCGGAUCUUCCUGGCGUUGGCGCCAACUUUCAAGAUCACCCGGCCGUCUUCGUGAUAUAUGACUUUCUCAACGACACGAAGCCAAACCCAAGCAGUAUGCAAGAGAACGCCACCUUUCGCGAUGCAGCAUGGGCCGAGUACCGCGCCAACCGGACCGGGCCUCUCAGUCAUGCAUGGGGCAACAAAAUCGUGUUCCAGUCCCUACAAGAUCUCGUAAGCAACCCCCAGGAAGUGCUCGACAGCAUCGACAGCCAGGAUGCCCUUGCCCACCUCCCGGCCGUCUACGCUGAUAACACGUCUCUCUUGGCCGGCUUCCUUGCUCAGCGAGCCGUCAUGAGACAAGGCUACACAAAUCCCAAGUAUGGAAUAUACGAGAUCACUUUUGGCGGCGACAAGUCAAUUGUGACGGCACUGCAGAAGCCAUUUUCCAGGGGUACCAUCACCAUCACCAACACCACGGGGGCCGACCCAUCGACGCCACCCAUCAUUGAUUACGCAUCUUUGUCCAACCCAGUCGACGUCCAGAUGCUCGUCCAGGGUGUGGCGCGUGUGCGUAAGUUCAUGGCCGCGCCGUCCGUGGUCGAGAUACUCAAGCCGGUGGAGAUCACCCCUGGCCCCGGUACAGACGACCCAGUGAGUCUCGAGGCAAUGUUGCGCGAGAGCAUGGUCGUCCCGAGUUUUGAUCAUCCCGUGGGAACGGCAGCCAUGGCUCCCCACCAUCUGGGCGGCGUGGUAGACUCCAAGACCAUGGCAGUAUAUGGCGUCAGCGGCUUGCGAGUCGUCGACGCGAGCAUCAUGCCACUCCUCCCUGCGGCCCACACCCAGUGGACAGUGUACGCUGUGGCUGAGAAGGCCGCCGAGCUGAUACUCAAGAGCACAAAUGUCCACUGA